CUUUAUUGAAAAAUUCAACUCGAUCACAAUGUUGGACGACGAAGGUGACGAGGCUACGCCCCUGGUGGUGGAUAACGGGUCCGGGAUGUGUAAGGCGGGGUUCGCGGGGGACGACGCGCCCAGGACCGUGUUCCCGUCCAUAGUGGGCCGGCCUCGGCACCAGGGCGUCAUGGUCGGUAUGGGGCAGAAGGACGCUUAUGUUGGUGAUGAAGCACAAAGCAAAAGGGGGAUUCUUACCCUUAAAUACCCGAUCGAGCACGGCAUCGUCACCAACUGGGACGACAUGGAGAAGAUCUGGCACCACACCUUCUACAACGAGCUGCGUGUCGCUCCCGAGGAACACCCGACUCUACUCACAGAGGCUCCGCUUAACCCUAAGGCUAACAGAGAAAAAAUGACACAGAUAAUGUUCGAGCAGUUUAACACCCCGGCCAUGUACAUAGCUAUCCAGGCCGUUCUGUCCCUGUACGCGUCUGGCCGUACUACCGGCCUGGUACUGGACUCGGGGGACGGAGUAACACACGUGGUGCCGAUCUACGAAGGGUACGCCCUGCCACACGCCAUCCUGCGACUGGACCUAGCCGGCAGAGAGCUGUCCAACUACCUUGUGAGAGUCAUGUGCGACAGGGGCUACUCCUUUAUAACCACAGCUGAACGAGAAAUAGUCCGUGACAUCAAGGAAAAGUUGGCUUACGUCGCCCUUGACUUCGAGCAAGAGAUGUUGACGGCGGCUACCUCCACGUCACUUGAGAAAAGUUACGAGCUGCCCGACGGACAGGUCAUCACCAUUGGAAACGAGAGAUUCCGCUGUGCAGAAGCCCUCUUCCAACCGUCUUUUCUUGGCAUGGAAUCUGCCGGAAUCCACGAAACAGCCUACAACAGCAUCAUGAAGUGCGACAUCGACAUCCGUAAGGACCUGUACGCCAACACCGUGCUGUCCGGCGGUACUACCAUGUUCCCCGGUAUCGGUGACCGCAUGCAGAAAGAGAUCGUCGCCCUGGCUCCCAGCACCAUGAAGAUCAAGAUCAUCUGUCCUCCCGAGAGAAAAUACUCCGUGUGGAUCGGCGGGUCCAUCCUGUCUUCUCUGUCAACAUUCCAGACCAUGUGGAUCACAAAACAAGAGUACGACGAGUCUGGACCGGCCAUUGUCCAUCGCAAGUGUUUCUAGUACAUGUACCUAGUACCACAACAUGCCUAGUUCUCUGUGCCUAGAUAUGAUGAACCGUCAAGAAGUUGAACAUAUCAAAACUUCAGCGAUAUGUAGACGGAUAUAUUUGACACUGGAAUGAUCUUGUAUACAUCAAACUUCAAAGUUAUACUUAACAAGCACGUAAUAGCGUAAAUUUAAUGGCUACACAACGUUUAACUUGGUCUAGCUAUAGUUUCCUUGGAAAUUGCUCGACAUCUUUGCAAGGCGGGUCUCUUGUACCGAUUAGUUGUGCUGCACAUACCCGGUAUUUCUGCUAGGGGGUGCUCUUGUGUUACGCGUAUGAUAUUAACACAGAUUACAGGGAGGGAACAAUACAGAUUGUCUGCA